AUGCGGAACCGAGUCCACAUUGCGGUUCUCGAAACAGACGUACCCUCUCCAGCUGUGUAUGCCAAACGAGGUCUCUAUCACACACAAUUCCGUGCACUUCUCAGUGCAGCCGCAGAACGUCUAAACCGAAGUCCUCAGAAUCUCAAACAUGGUCCAAUCGAUGUUCAAGUGACCGCAUUCGAUGUUGUGGGGGGCUCAAUCCCUGAUCUCCAAGAUUUGAGAGCUGAAUCCAAUCUACCCAAUAGCACAAGCCCUAUCGAUGCUAUACUAGUCACCGGUGCUGUAGCAGCCGCAUAUGACGAUCUUCACUGGAUCCCUCCACUCGAAUCGUUUAUCCAAACAGUACACACGCAAUAUCCGCUCGUCAAGAUUUAUGGCUCCUGCUUCGGCCAUCAGCUUAUAGGUCAAGCAUUACUUGUUAAAGGUAGUUCAUCUUCUAUCAAAGAAUGGCCUAUAAAGUUUUCAGUCCAGGCGCAAUCCAGCCACGAGAUAGGUGUCCAAUCAAUAGCCUUGAACCCGGAUUUCGCUUGCAGGUUCUCUCCUCUGGCUAGCUUCAAUGAAAUGCUCCCAUUCAGACUCCAGCUUAUUCAUGGUGAUAUUGUGGCUCCUUCUUCAGCUCCUUCCACCGAGCGAGAUAGAUUAAAUGCUUUUCUCCCGGCGCCUUGGAUCAAUGUUGGUAGCAGCGAAAAAUGUCUUAUACAGGGUCUCUAUUACCCGAGGCGUGUGCUCACUCUUCAAGGUCAUUUUGAGUACGAUGCUUUCGCAACGGCUGAAUUGUGUUUGCAUUUUAGCAAGAAUUUCUCUUGGUCAUCUGAUCUCCUAUCUUCCCAUUUACACGCGAUUUGGCGGGAAAAUAGAGCAGAGAAUGAAGAUGGAGAUGACUCGAAAGUCGCGGCAGAGGCAGUGCUUUUGUUCUUUGCUGGAGAGGAUUGA